GAGUUGCUGAUAAAAAAAGUCGUCGCACUUUGUUUACUUUCGUCGUUGCGUUCGGUUCGGUUGGUUCAGUUCAGUCAACGAAGGUUUGUCAGCGGUGAGCGCUUUUUGAAAACGGUUGUGCAGAAGUUGCCAUCGUCCGUUCAGCAUUUGUGCCGUAAGUUUCGUUCGUUUUGUAGUUCUUCGUGGGAGGUCAAAGAGGUCAACUAGCCGGCCCAAAAGUGCGUCUCCUCGUCGUCGUUUGUUAUUGUGUUUUUUGAAUCAUGCGUCUAAUCAUCCUGGACACGGCCGCGUACGUCGGCGAAUGGUCGGCCAAGUACGUCAUGAAGCGCAUCAACGACUUCAAGCCCGGCCCGGACAAGUACUUCACCCUCGGACUGCCAACCGGCUCGACCCCGCUCGGCCUGUACAAGAACCUCAUCAAGUUCCACAAGGAGGGCAAAAUCUCGUUCAAGUACGUCAAGACGUUCAACAUGGACGAGUACGUGGACCUGGCGCGGGAUCACCCGGAGAGCUACCACUACUUCAUGUGGCACAACUUCUUCAAGCACAUCGACAUCGACCCCCAGAACGUGCACAUCCUGGACGGUAACGCGCCGGACCUCGUCGCCGAGUGCGACGCGUUCGAGGAGAAAAUCAAAGCCGCCGGCGGAAUCGAGCUGUUCAUCGGCGGAAUCGGCCCGGACGGUCACAUCGCGUUCAACGAGCCCGGAUCGUCGCUGGUUUCGAGGACCCGGGUGAAAACGCUGGCGCAGGACACGCUCGAGGCGAACGCGCGGUUUUUCGGGAACGAUAUAAGUAAGGUCCCGAAGCAGGCCCUCACGGUGGGCGUAGGGACGGUGAUGGACGCGCGCGAGGUGAUGAUCCUGAUUACGGGGGCGCACAAGGCGUUCGCGCUGUACAAAGCGAUCGAGGAGGGCGUCAACCACAUGUGGACCGUCAGUGCCUUCCAGCAGCACCAGCACACUAUCAUGGUUUGCGACGAGGACGCGACGCUGGAGCUGCGCGUCAAGACGGUCAAGUAUUUCAAGGAUUGUUACGUGUUGGCAUCCGCCACCGGUGACCUAAAUGGGGCCAUAAGACCCAACUGAUGACCCACCCCUUCUUGGAAAGCAGCAGUUUGUGGUGAGAAAGGAUACGCGAAUCUGGUUGUCGUCGACGAGGGUGACCCUAUGCAAAUCCCCCCUCCCGAUUUUAGUCAUACACGAAAGAUACACGUACUAAUCAAGAUGUUUUCUACCUCGUUUGUGUGCUUCAGAGCCUGUACGAUGUCCACUCGAAGCUGAUUGAAGGUGCGUAACCAACCAACCAACCAGCCGCGGUUUUGAUUUAGUCACUCGAAUCCAAAGGGUAGAACUUUUAAGGUCCUUAUUUUUCUGUGUCAAUUUUCCUCAAAUAUAAGAAAGCAUGAUUUUUUUUUCUACA